AUGGAGGACUUAACCGACGCACUGAUGGGUACAAUCAAGAAGAACAACCUGUAUCUUAAGAGUGGAGUGGCUGACGAGAUGUGGAAGUGUGUCUUGGAGCGACAGCCGGAGCCUGGCGUCGAUGGGGAGGCUACAUGUACCGUUAAACACUCGGAACCCUACGGGGCCAUGUCACCGGAUAUUGUCAAGCACUUUUCAGGCAACCCCAAGUUUUCCAAAUAUUUCACCUAUGAUUACCCGACGAAGCGCAUGGCGUUACGGGCUGAGUACUGCCGCGAAACCGCGGGUUUCACCGAUGCGAUGACCCAGAUCAUGACCGUGAUGAGGAGUCUCCGUCGUCCUGGGCCGUUCGGCAGCCUUCGUGCCUGUGAGGAUAUCAGAAUGGCGAACGGCGUUUCGCAGGAGGAGUACACACUGCCUGUCAUCCUCGCCUCUAUGCUUGGCGUUGUCACGGAGGAGGUCGGAAUGAACGUGUAUUCCGAGACAGAUGAUGGCAAAAUUAUGAUUCGCGUAAAUCCGGUGCCCAUUUUCUCUGUCGAGCCCGAUCCCGAGCUCGAUGCCGAGAUCGGUCCCGAGGCCGAUUUCUUCGAUGACUUGGCCGAGUCAGGGGUUUGUUGCCCGCACCUCACAACCGUUUCUUUUGGAAACUUUACCCAUAACCGCGAUUUACGAAUUGACCGACCAGUCUUUGGUAUCGCCCGGGUAUUCCAUUUGAAGGGGAACGGGAACAUCCCCAACGACAAGGGCGACGGCUUUGAGUGGAUGACGCUGGAGGAAGUACGGACUGCGUUGGUAGCAAGGGAAUUUACCCCAGCUGCCGAAUUGGUUAUGCUCGAUUUCCUUCAUCGUCACGAUAUGCUCGGCAUCUCGAUGUCUGACGAACAGAAGAAGGUCAUGGAGGACGCUUUGCACCCGUUGAAGGAUAUGCAGCAAGCGUUUGCAGGUGCCUUCCCGGAUGUUUCGAUGAUUGGGAACGGGUCGAACUCCUAG